AUGAGUGACUGCAAUACUAAUCACAGUACGGGGCAGCAUACCCCACAUGAGUUGAGACUGCACACGCCAAAAACAAAUAUUCCUGUGUUGAAGAAGACGCUCUUACCAUUGAAAGAGAAAACGGUGUCGUUCAGGGGUCGUGGGUUAAAAGGUCAGGAGGUCAGCUGUCCGCAGGGCUACACAGGCCUGGUGCUGAGAGAGGUCAACAAACCAGGCUUUGACCAGGAGGACAGGACAGUGAAGGUGUCCUCAGUGUUCCAUAACGUAAUCUACUGGAACCUCGAGACUCCGCCCAACUCUGACGACGGCAUCAUCAUGGCAAUGGCCUGGCCAGAUCUGGCAGAAGCGAUACACGGGCCAGUGGAUGACUGACAUGGAAGAGGCCAAAGCAAAGGAGAUCAAUCCUUACCCUCCUUUUCCUGCUGCAGCCUGAGGACUGCCUCUAAAUACGUUGGUUGUGUGUUCAGUAGCCAUUGCUUAGCUUGUGGAAAUAGGAACAAUGGGUAGACCACUCCUCACAGUCCCUAGUGUUGUAGUGGACAGUGUGUCUGUCUUUUACAGAUCCAUAGGGGUGAAUUGUGCUUGCUUCUUCUUGUGACUUCUGUAACUAUUGUACCAUGUUCUUUUCCUUGUAUAUUUCUGUCAACAAUUAUACUCAUAUUACAGCCCAUUGUGAUACAGAUCGUGUUGGAAGUCAUUUAUUGAACAGUACUCCAAUGGAUAAUAUACACUACCAGUCAAAACUUUGGAUACACCUACUCAUUCAAAGGUUUUUCU